UGAAAUGUGAUUGUUUUUGUAUUACAUCAGAGUUCAAGAUCUUCAGAAUAGCUAUGAAUAGUAAUACUUAACAUUUCAUCAGUUUCGCCAUGUCCGACGACCCUGUGCCGCAACCUGCCAAAAGCAAACCAUCGGCCCCAAUUCCGAAUGCUGUUGUAGAUCGAGAAGACGAAAAAGAAGGUAACAAAUGGGGCUAUGAUUUGUACCCUGAACGCCGGGGAGAAAAGUACAAACCUAGCUGGGGCCGUGUGCUGUUAGGUAUCGAAGGAAGGGAGAACAUCGACAAAAUCAAGUGCGAACGGAACGUAUAUUCGUGCGUCAAAAACAGUCCUAUGGUUAAACUAAUGAUGGGAGCACUAAAGAGUUCAGGCUGUGCAAUCGACAUCCGACGACACAUUGCUUGUGAGGUUUGUGACAUCUCGGUCAGUGGAGGCUACGAUCCUGUUUUGAAUCAAGUGGUGGUUUGCCAAAAUAUAGCCCGCAAUGAGGGAAUAGUGCAGGGAGUGCUGUCUCAUGAAAUGAUUCACAUGUUUGACUACUGCAGAAAUGAUCUGGAUUUCAAAAACAUCGAUCAUCUGGCGUGUACGGAAAUACGUGCUGCUAAUUUAACACAUUGCUCUUUUCUUAGCGCAUGUACCCAGGGUGAUGCAUCUCCUUUCAAAAUAAAGCAGGCCCAUCAGGACUGUGUUAAAACUAAAGCACUGAAUUCCGUGCUAGCAGUGAGGAAAGUUUCACCAGAAGAAGCAAUUGCAGCGGUGGAGAGAGUAUUUCCCAAGUGUUACAAUGACCUGGAGCCGAUCGGGCGUCGAAUUAGACGAAAUUCCAAAGAUAUGUUCAAAGCAUACAUGGAAGGGCCACUGUAUGGCUACGAUGUGGAUUAACUUGCAGUAAAGCUAAACAUUGUGAUUCAAAGUUUUUGGUAAAGUUUAUAAAGUACACUAAUCAUUUUGUGCGAUCACCAAAUAUAUAUAUGAGCCUCAAUAAAAA